AUUCCUUCCAUGGCGUUCAGGCGGGUCGUCGCGGUGGCCGCGGCCGCCGUGGGGUUGGCGGGAGGCUCUGUCUUCUUCUCUGCGGUGCCUCUCGGGAAGCAGCAGCAGCAGGUGGUGGGUAAAAGCUCCGGCGACGCCCCGGUUCCCCUACCUCCGUCCGCGGCUCCUCCGGGGCUGCUGCUUCUGUCUUCGCCGGCCAACUCGGCCUCCUGCCCCGCCACGGCGCCUGGCUGGCUGGAGAAGCCCAACUGCGGCUAUUGGGACGACAACUGGGACAGGAGAGAACCACUGGCUCAUUAGAACCUGAAAAAGAAAAAUGAAGAGACUGGGGAAGAGGAGGACUCGUCUCGUCUAGCCCACUACAAAGCAAAAGCUACAAGACACAUAUUCCUCAUACGCCAUUCUCAGUACAACACAGAUGGGAACAGUGAUAAAGAGAGAAUUCUGACCAAGCUUGGUCGUGAACAAGCUGAGUUGACAGGGCAAAGGCUUGCAAGCUUGGGACUGAAAUUUGAUAAAAUUGUCCAUUCUUCUAUGACCAGAGCAACUGAAACAACCAACAUCAUCAGCAAGCAUCUUCCUGGGGUGAAGAAAUCGAGCACUGACCUUCUGCGUGAAGGAGCUCCAAUUGAACCAAAUCCUCCUAGCUCCCACUGGAAGCCAGAAGCUGUGCAGUAUUACGAAGAUGGGGCUCGGAUUGAAGCUGCCUUCCGAAACUACAUUCAUAGGGCUGAUGUAAAGCAGGAAGAGGAUAGCUAUGAAAUCUACGUCUGUCAUGCCAAUGUCAUUCGUUACAUAGUUUGCAGAGCUUUACAAUUUCCUCCCGAAGGUUGGCUUCGGAUAUCCCUCAACAAUGGCAGCAUCACCCACCUGGUCAUCCGCCCUAGUGGCAAAGUGGCGCUUCGAUUGCUCGGUGACACAGGCUUUAUGCCUCCUGAGAAAAUCACACGCAGCUGAGUGGGCCUUUUCUGGCACUGCUGGUGCCGCUGUGGUGUACAAGGUUAUGGCUUGGUAGGAAAUUGCGUUUCACAGUGUACUCAGUGAAUGCCUACUCUUUCUCCCACUUCAUUUAUCUGUAAAUAGAAGGGCUGUUCAGCAUUGCUGUGUUCAUGGUGCAUUUGGCACAUUCCACAAAGUACUUCUGCAGUACAGUCUCCUGUACUAUUAAAAUGAAUGGAGACUUCACAGCAGUACUUAAUGAAUGAACCUAAAACCAGAGAAUCUACAUACUUAACUCAUGUGAGGGUGCCACUUGCCUGGCUGCAACAGGAAAGGUUCCCAGGCUUCUUACCAAAGUAUAUUGCUGUGUGUAGAGAUGAUUCCCUCCCUCUCUUCUGUGGAAAGAGGUUACAGAAAUACCACAGGUUUAGAAAGCAAUUCUUUGCAUUGGUAAUCGGCAAAAUUAUUUUUGCUAGAUCAGCAAGAGUUGGGGGCAGAGCGGUUUCAGCAACUGCAAUUGUGGCUGAAUUUUCAUAAUUUAAUAAUUUUGCUCCCUUACAUGUCUGUGUUGCUUUAGAGCAAAGGUUGGAAACUGAAAAUGUGCAAAAGGCAUGUAUUAGAGGGUGUCUCCCUGCCAUACACACCUGUUGACGGGAACAAGAGUAGAAUAUGAUGCUGCAAUGGCUGCUUGAACAGCCCUUCUCACGAUGGUAUCCAAGGUGAAGAGAGACUUUCUAAAAGGAGACUGGAUUUGAUUCUUCUUGCCCUUCCAUACCACAUAAGAUUGUUCUUGUAUGAAAAUGGAGUUUUCUCAUUUGCUUUACAAAUGCCCCUUUCACACAAUUAGUGUAAAAGUAUAAAUUGAACCACUGGACUUAUUAGCAGUAGUUAUGGUUACAUGUAAUUUGUCAUUAUUCCCAUUGAGGUAAAGCACACCUGGACACGGGUGCUAAAAUAAAUUUAGACGUGAGCCUCAUCCUUACCACCCACAAGAGCAUAGCCUGCACUAUUUCUUCAGCAUGCUUAGUUGUCUUAUUUUAUAAUGUAUCAAAACUACUUUUUGAAAUGGAAUCUGCUGUUGGUGAAAUGCUACCUGGAAAAAGGUGGUGGUCUGUCUUUCAAUCAAUGCAAACAAAGUUAUCUUUGUAAUAUAUCUGCAAAUAGUUUUUUAUUAACUUUCA